CAUUUGUGGACCCAAUCUUAAUUUGUAGUCACACUUUUCUGUUUUUAUACACCUUCCCUUCUCUUCUCUUCUUCUUCAUCAGUCAGUCAAUCCCAUUUCUCAAGAACACACUGAUCCAAGUGUGUUCAUCCAUUAUCUUCAAAAGAAAACCCAGAUUUCUGAAUGGGGAAUUACAGGUUCAAGUUAUCAGAUAUGAUCCCCAAUACCUGGUUUUACAAGCUCAAAGACAUGCGCAGACCCAGAAACACUCAUCUUUCCGACGAAAGAACGCCGUCAAAAUCGAAGCAGCACGAUCUUAGUCCCAGAAAAUCUUAUUAUUUCUCCAGGGAGCUUGCUCCCUUCGACGGAUUUUACGUUUCGCCUGAGCCGCCGCCCAGAAAAUCUUGCAAGAAACGAUAUCAUUCCAGGAGAAGGAACUUCAGGUCGUCGUCGUCGCCGCAGCCUCCGUCCACGGUGAUAACUUCCUCCGUUUCCACCGGUUGUAGCUGCCGUAAGACGGUGUGGAGUAAGGCUGAUUCUCCGCCGGAUUACUCGGCUUCUUCCUCGUCCUUGUCGUCUUCUGACGACAGCUCCCCGUUGGAAUCAUCCGACGCCGAUGUUAAGAAAAUCAACGAGAUGCCCGGGAUCGAGCUCCCUCCGAUCGUAACGAAACCGGCUAAGUUCAACGACAUGAUAAAAGACAUCAAGAAGAAACACAACACCGGUCCCGUAAAGAAAUUCAGUGUCAAUUCUUCCGGUGUCAGGCUUCGAACACACUCUCCGAGAAUCGGGAACAGGAGGUUUAACCAGGGUCAUGGUCGGAAAAGCAUGUCGUCGACUAGUUCGGGCUCGAGCUCGAAGAGGAGUACCCUUUCGGAGAGUUUGGCGGUGGUGAAAUCGUCGUUUGAUCCCCAGAGGGAUUUCAGGGAAUCGAUGGUGGAGAUGAUUCUGGAGAACAACAUUAGGACAUCAAAGGAGUUGGAGGAUCUGCUUGCCUGUUAUCUCUCUCUCAAUUCUGAUGAAUACCAUGAACUUAUCAUCAUGGUCUUCAAGCAAAUCUGGUUCGAUUUGAAUGAUGUCCGGUUCAAGUAAUUUUCAUCUCAAAACACUAAUCAAAUCUUAUUAUGUUCAUACAUAUAUAUCUUCUUUCCUUUC